GCGUCCCGGAGGUCUCGAUAAUUACGGCUGUGGCCGGACGGAGAUAGUGAGGGAGGGAGAGGAGGUGGGCUAACAACCCGGCAGAGACAUUUUAUCUUCAUCGCAGCUCUGCUCUGUUCAAAUUAAUCUGACAAGUUUCCACCGAACCCAAAGCAGCCAGGCAGGCGCGCGCGCGCUGGCGGCCAACCAUCCAUCCUCGGUCCAGUCGCGCUCACCGUCCCGCCACGAGACAAAUCCUGUUAAAACGUUGCGUUAAAGAGGAAAAGAGGCGCGCGGAUAUUAUCCCCCCCAUGGAUGUUUCCCUCCCGGGGCGCCCUGAGCCAUCCCUCCCCCCUCCUCCCCUCCCGAGUGUUUCUAUAGUAAUUUCCAGCCAAUGAUCAGUGGGUGUCCACAGCCGCGCGCUUCCUCACCUCAGCAUCUAUCAGCCACACAGCGACAGGAGCCACGGACCGAGCGGAGAGCGAGGCAGACGCACACAAUACAGCCCCCCGGAUCCGGAGGAAAGGAAGCCCCUCUUCUGUCAUUUCACUCCUUCUUGGGUUAUUUUUCUUUUCUUUUCUUUUCGUUUUGGUUGUCUGACACCUUUUGGCUGACUUAACGCACUUCUUUACCUUUUGUAUUAAUUUUUUUUGUACCUUACUCCUCCAGCUUGAGAGGGAAGCUGGAUAAGAAAUGAUGCUUUUGUUUUGAGCGCUGUGAACACACUCUCAUCCGGUCGACCUGAUCUCCUCAGGCAGCUCGUCUUUGCGUUAUCCACCCCCCCCCCCUUCCUCCUGACACACAGACACACAAACACACACAUUUCGCCUCGCAGUGAUGUGCCUUUACACGGUCUCAGGCUGACAGCAUCCCCUUUUUUUUUGGGAGCUCCUCUCAACAGGAAACCAGCGCUAAAGAGGAUAUACCAGGAUGGUGACACAUUGUUCGUAACCUGCUUCCGUUCGACAAAGGCCACUGCAACCUCUCGCUCUCCUCCAAAACACAGUGACUGUACCCCUCCGCCAUGUCUAACAUAAACAAUGCGCUUUGCAUAGAGAACGGACAGAAUGCAGAUGUGUCGCUCUUACAAAAGGAUAACCUUCAGGAUGGUGGAUUAAGCCAGCUUUUGGAUUAUAACGCCGAAAUGGAAAGGUACAGGUCUUUUGCGAACUUUUAUAAAACCAAUGGGGCAUUUCCGCAGACUGCUAAAAUUGCCCGCAUCACAACGCCCAUUUUUCCCAGUGCCAGAAUUGGUAUGUCCCCUUGGAACUGUGAUAACGCCAUGCUCUGGGGAAGGAAAUCAGCAGCAAUAAACCCUAAUAGGACCAGCAUGCAUAGAAAUGACUCCCAGAGGCCGGGGAAGCCUGGCGUGCCGCCAGAAACGCUGCAAAUGGCAAAUAAUAAUUUCCUCUCUACCUUAUCCCCUGAACACUGCAGACCUUUAGCAGGAGAAUGCAUGAACAAGCUGAAAUGCGGCGCUGCUGAAGCAGAGAUAAUGAAUCUCCCAGAACGCGUUGGAACUUUUUCCGCUAUUCCGGCUUUAGGGGGCAUCUCAUUACCUCCCGGGGUCAUCGUCAUGACAGCCCUUCACUCCCCCGCAGCCUCAGCAGCCGUUACAGACAGUGCGUUUCAAAUUGCCAAUCUGGCAGACUGCCCACAGAAUAAUUCCUCAGCAUCCAGUGGAAACCCAGCGAAGAAGAAAAGGAAAAGGUGUGGGGUGUGCGCGCCCUGCAGGCGGCUAAUCAACUGUGGUGUUUGCAGCAGUUGUCGGAACCGCAAAACAGGCCACCAGAUCUGCAAAUUUAGGAAAUGUGAAGAGCUGAAGAAGAAGCCAGGCUCAUCCCUGGAGAGGACGCCGGUCAACAACGGUGAGGCUUUCCGGUGGUUCUUUUAAAAAAAAUGGCGAGCCAUGGACCCCCCCACNCCCACCCACCCCACAUCCAGCAGCAGGAGGACGAGACAGGGACUCUUGACUUUGAGCUAGGAGCGCUUCACGGGCACAUUGAACCCAACGUGCCCGGAACAUUUUUGAGAGGACGCGAGAAGAAAACAGACUAAAAGAUGGACAAACACAUAAUGAUGUUGUUUUAACUCUGUAAUUUACUUUUCAGUGUAAUUAUUGUACCUUUUGACAGUAUCUUUAUGUAUAUUUUCGGUGUCUAUGAAUGUGUUUUCAGUGUUGUGGCUGUGAGGUUUACAGCCAACCCGAUGUAAAGGACUCCAACAGACAAUCAUGCAAUCACACUGAAUCCGUUGAACAGAAGAGGCCACAAGGAUUGGAUAGUAAAAGCGACACACGCCACCCUGGAGCAAUAAUCGAUUCUUUGUUCAUUAUUUAUUAUUCUUUCUUUUUGGAUCUUUCCAGCUCACUCACUAAAAUUGAGUCAUGUUCCAGUUUUCUGAAACUUCCUGCCGAUAAUAAAGGGAUGGUUCGAAUCUUUUUUGAGUUUUGGGGGAAAAUGUAUAAACAGUUAUUGUCUUACCUGUUGCAGAUAGCUCUUUGAGUAGCUUCAGUCUGAGAAAACAAGAGUUUCAUUUAGUUUGGAAUAAUCAUUGGCAUGAAUACUAUAAUACAGGACACCGUUCAGGGUCCUGGAAGUUGAAAGUUUUAAUUCCUGCCUCAUCUAUGUACACAAACAAAACAUCAUCCUUUUAUUUCAUUUUUAAAAAUCAAUACCUCGUAUAUUUAUUUCAAAUUCUGAUUCUUGUUGAUUCACACAGUUUUUACCCUGCUUUAUAAUGUUCAAAUAUUUACUUUUUUACUGCUGUAAUUAGUUUUUUAAAUUUAAAUUAUUGAUUUACCUUUAUUUAACCAAAUAAAUCUUAUUUAGAUUACGACCUAAUCUGUGUCUGUGGGAUGAAACUGGAGUAAUUGAAGAAAACCAUGAGAACAACUAACAAACUGCAGAGAGAGAGAGAGCCUGGGUCUAAACCAGGGAUCGAAACCAGGAGCUUUAUGCUGCGAGGCAUCAGUGCUAACAACUGAUCCAUCACCCUGCCAUUAUCUGAUGUCAAAAGAAGCUCAUAUAGCACCAUGGUCGUGUGCGGGGGCAGUAGGUGGGACUUGAAACCUCACAUCCCUAGUGUGCAAGCUCUGGUCCCAAAAAUACAACAUGGCAGCUCCCAUAAACUGGACACUGCUCUCUAUAAUUAUAAUACACUUUACAUUGAUGGGACUGAUGAGCUGACAGUUAGUCUGAGCGGGGCCUAAAACAGCUCUAAUCUAAAAUAAACUGGGGAAAUUUCUGAGAUGUAAGUUAUUUAAAAAGGGCACAAAUUAGUAUUGGUUUUGGCAUCGCUUAAACUAGCCAUUAGCUCAUCAACCUUGUCAGAAAUUAGUUACUUUUUCCAACUGAGGUCAUUUAAAGAGUUAUCUGCAACUGGUGAGAUAUCUUUUGUCCAUAUCAGUUUUACAGAAUUUUUGCUUCAGAAGAUCUGAACUAUGUGAACAAUGACAUCAGUGCAUCUGUAACUAAAGUGCUGAUUUGUUCCUCAUCCGAGCAGACUCACAGCAGAACAGGGCACAUUGUCUUGUGCAGUGAGCUGCUCUUCUGUAAUUGGUCAUCAUUUAAUUGUGUCAGCACCAAAUGUUUAUACGCAGACACGACUUUGUAUUCUCCAGUAACAUACAUUGGCCAUUACAUCUUUAGUCGUUUCGCUUUAUGUUCAGAUCCCUAAAGCUUGUUAAAAAGACAGAGAGAAUUGUACACUGUUGUGAAAACAAUAAAAUCUGGAAUUAGACAUAUUUGCCAUGUCAAAUAGUGCUCCUGUCUACUGUAAAAGUAGCAUAAAGGCAUUCCAAAAACAACAAAAAUAAUAUUCAAUAAGUUUCUCAUUGUCUUAAACCCUAUUGUUGCAUGUGUAAAUGUGUUUUGAUUUUAAAGAUUACAAAGAAUUUGUAUAUUGUUGUUGUGAUGCUUUUAUGUGUUAAAAUAAAAAAAAAUCUUCAGUAAAA